AUGGCGGAGAAUGAGUGGCUAUCGGGUUAUUUGGACGCGAUUCUAGAGCGCGGAGGCGCGCCGAUGGGCACUGACAAGAAGGAACGGCUGGAUCUAUCGGAGAUCAAGGGCCAGAGCGGCACAGCCGUCCGAUACUUUGUGAAUGAGAUCAAAGAUUCGAGCGAGGAGGAGCUGCAUCGCACGUGGAUGAAGGCCACAGCGAUGGGCGACGAGAAAGGGUCCCGAAUGGAGAAUUUUACUUGGCGAAUUUGGCACCUGUCCCGGAUAAAGAAGCAGUUGGAGCAAGAAGCAUCGCGGAUCAAGGAGCAGCAGCAGCACGACAAGGAGGAGGCUGAGCUGGACAUAGAGGAGGAGGACGGCCCUGAUGACGCCCUCCCAGACACCUUAUCCUCAGCUGACGUGGCUGCUGACGUGGACAAGGCCGCGGAUGACCUGCUGGACUCCAGUGCCAACGUGGCAGCGGCCCAGGCGGCGGCAGCUAAGGCUGCAGCGGAGAAGGAGUCGCGGGGGAGGAGGGAGAACCAGCAGCAGGGGGAGAAGCAGAGGGAGGUGCCUGCUGGUGCAGGAUUGACUGCUGAGGUUCCUGGGAGGGACCCGCUUGAGCAUGGCACGGAGAAGAGGCUCUAUAUUGUCAUGAUCAGCAUCCAUGGGUUGGUCCGCGGAGAGAACAUGGAGCUGGGCCGAGACUCGGACACAGGCGGCCAGGUGAAAUACGUGGUGGAGAUCGCACGUGCUCUGGCAUGCAUGCCUCAGGUGUACCGCGUGGAUCUGCUCACACGCCAAAUCGUUGCCCCUGGGGUGGACUGGUCGUAUGGGGAACCCUCAGAGAUCAUCAGCUCCCUCCGCUAUGACCCAGACGGGAUGAUAGCGGGGGAGAGCGCGGGGGCAUACAUCAUCUGCCUGCCGUGCGGCCCUCGAGACCAGUACCUGCGCAAGGAGGCGCUCUGGCCCUACGUGGACUGGUCGUAUGGGGAACCCUCAGAGAUGAUCAGCUCCCUCCGCUAUGAUCCGGACGGGAUGAUAGCAGGGGAGAGCGCGGGGGCAUACAUCAUCCGCCUGCCAUGCGGCCCGCGCGACCAGUACCUGCGCAAGGAGGCGCUCUGGCCCUACGUGGACGAGUUUGUGGAUGGAGCCCUCACGCACAUCAUGCACAUGUCCCGGGAGCUCGCGGAUCAGAUCGGCGAUGGGCAGCGGGUGUGGCCGUAUAUGAUCCACGGGCACUAUGCCGAUGCUGGGGACAUAGCAGCGCUACUAUCUGGUGCACUGAACGUUCCGAUGGUCCUAACAGGGCACUCCCUGGGGCGAAACAAGUUGGAGCAGCUGCUGAAGCAGGGGCGCAUGACCCGCGGGGAGAUCAACACCCAAUACGCCAUCGACCGGCGCAUCGAAGCGGAGGAGUUUUCUCUCGAUGCAGCAGAGCUGGUGGUGACGAGCACGCGGCAGGAGGUGGAGGAGCAGUGGGGGUUGUACGAUGGCUUUGACGUGCGGCUUGAGAGGGUGCUGCGUGCUCGGCAGCUCAGAGGGGUCAGCUGCCACGGCCGCUUCAUGCCCCGCAUGGCGGUUAUCCCUCCCGGCAUGGAUUUCUCCAACGUGGUGGUCCCAGACAUCGAUGGCCCCGAAUCUCCCGGGCCUGAGCCGCCCAUCUGGGCCGAGGUGCGCAAGUUCUGGUCGAACCCGCACAAGCCAAUUAUCCUUGCCCUGGCCCGCCCCGACCCCAAGAAGAAUCUCACUACACUCGUGCGCGCCUUUGGGGAGUGCCAGGCGCUCAGAGACCUCGCCAACCUGUGCCUGGUGAUGGGCAAUCGAGACGACAUUGAUGCCAUGAGUGCCAGCAACACGGAGGUGUUGACAGCGUAUUGUCUGGUGAUGGGCAAUCGCAAUGACAUUGAUGCCAUGAGUGCCGGCAAUGCAGAGGUGUUGACAGCGGUGCUGAAGCUGAUAGACAAGUACGACCUGUACGGGCAGGUGGCGUACCCCAAGCACCACAAGCAGGCUGAUGUGCCGGACAUAUACGCACUCGCUGCCAAAUCCAAGGGCGUGUUUGUGAAUCCAGCACUUGUGGAGCCGUUUGGCCUCACUCUCAUCGAGGCAGCAGCGCACGGGCUGCCCAUGGUGGCCACUAAGAACGGCGGCCCAGUUGACAUCCAGAAGAUGCUGAGCAACGGGCUGGUGGUGGACCCUCAUGAUGCCAACGCCCUGGCAUCCGCGUUGCUACAGCUGGUGGCGGACAGGACGUUGUGGACGGAUUGCAGGAAGUCAGCUCUGGCCAACAUCCACAAGUACUCCUGGCCGCAGCACUGCGCCUCUCUUCUCACCCGUGUGGCCCAAUCCCGUCUGCGCCACCCAGUGUGGAGGGCAGCAGCACUCUUCGACCAGGUCGCUGCCGCCACCACCCACAGCAACACCGGCCUCCAAUCCGAAUCCCUCCGGGACAUCCAAGACCUCUCCCUGCGCCUCUCAUUCGACGGCAAGUUCUGGGGCGGAGGCUCCUUCCAAGGAGGCUCCAUUGAUCUCUCUUUCAUGCUGGAUAACCUCGGGGUUAUCUGGCCGGACGGUAGGUCUGCUAGUGGUUACGCGGCUGAGCCUUCUCAUGCUGCUGCUGGUGGUGGUUUUGGUGGUUCUGGUGGUCUUGGUAGUGGGGAUGGGCUGGGAGCAGGGGCAGCGUUGGGGAUUCCGUGCAGGCAGGGGAAUUAUUCGUUCACUGGGGGUAUGGGGUCGGAGAGUGUUGGGAGGUACAGGGAAGGGGUGGGCGGGUCGGGGCGGUUGCAGGGGACGCAGGAAGAAGGGGAGGACGGAGGAGCAGGAGCAGGGGCAGGGGCGGGAGAGAAAGGGUCGGCAGCAGGAGCGGCGGCAGCAGCAGCGUUUGAGGGGCUCAGGCUGAGAAGGAGAAGGCGGCUGAUUGUGGUAGCAGUAGACGAAUACGACCCUGUUGGGCGGCCGGGUUCGUCUGUUCUGGACUCUCUCUGCGUUGCCCUGGAGGUGGCCUACCGGCACAACACGGGGACGUUAAGGAAGCGCGUUGUAUGGGGUAUGGGGCCGGGCGGGGAGAUUGGUGUGGUACUGGCGACGGCACUGACGGCCAGAGAGACAGUGGCAAUGCUGACAGCAGCAGGAGUGGGGCUGAGGCAGCUUGAUGCUCUGAUUGCAGGGGGAGGGAGCGAGGUGUACUACUCUGUACCGUGCUCCACCGCAUCGGACCUUGGAGCAGCAGCAGCUGGGGGAGCAGGAGCAGGAGCAGGAGCGGUGGCAGGAAUGGCAGCAGGCCUGGUAUCAGCCAUGGCUCCUCUGCAGGAUCGGGAAGGCUGGCAGUUGCUUCCCGAUCCGGACUAUUUCGCGCAUAUUGAAUACCGAUGGAGCGCAGACGGUCCUGCAGCUGCUUCCACCGGCACAGGCAUCCCGGGGAGCAAAAGCGUGACUGGCAGCAGGCUGGGGGAUGCAGGGGCGGGAUCGAGAAGGGUGAGGGGUGCGGUGGGGAGCGGGUUGCUGCUGCAGCAGCAACAGCUGCUGGCGGUGCAGCAUGUGUGCGUGGAGGAUGAGAUGAGAACCACAUCCCGGCGACUGGCUUACCGAGUGCUCGAUAUUGCUCAGAUGCCAACAGCAGCUGAGCUGCGUCGUCGCCUGCGCCUACGUGGCUUGAGGUGCCACGUGGGCUACUGCCGUGCCGCCACGUGUCUUCACAUCCUGCCUCUCCACGCCUCUCGCUCACAGGCCCUCAGGUACCUUUGUGUCCGCUGGGGAUUGGAGCCUGCUGACCUGGCAGUCAUCGUCGGCAGUCCAGCUGGCGCUGACGGGGAUUACGCGCAGCUGCUGUCAGGCAUGCACCACACGCUCAUUCUGGAGCCUCCCGCUGCUGACGUGGGACAGCACCAAGGAGCGGCAGCAGCAGUAGCAGCAGGGGUGGGUACUGUGGCAUUAGGAAGCGGUGCAGUAGGGUUGGAUCCGUUAGCAGACUACAGGAGGAAGCUGCUGCAUGAGUUUGUGCCACGUAGUGACGUGCAUCUGCCCAAUCUCGUGAAUGUGGAAGAUUCCUCGAGCGACAAGGUCAGCUCUCUCGCUGAAGCCCUGGAGAAGAUAGGCUUUGCAUAA